UUUUAACCGAAUGCAUCAUUUGAUGGCAACAUCGAUCCGGCGUCUUGGGUUUAUUUCAAGUAGAAUUUUACCAAGUAUAUCGACUGUCAGUUGUGUAAAGUCCUCCCAAAGUAUUCACCUCUCUUUUAUUAACUGUAGGUUACAACUGAUUUACAGAAAAUUUCAUUUUUCAUCCACAAAUUUGAGAAUGACUAAGGCAUCCGGUAACCGGCUAAACUGGAAACUCACCCAGGAGCUGAUCGAGAAAUCCACUGAAGAACUCAUAACGAAAAAUAAAGCAAUCUACGACACCGUUGGUGCUGUUAAUGCAAAUGACGUUACAUAUGAAAAUGUAGUAAAGCCACUUGUAGAUUUAGACAGGGAGUAUGCAGUUGAGAGAAACAAUAUUGAUUUUGUUCAACAUGUUUAUGCAGACAAAUCACUCAGAGACUGCAGUGUGGAAGCAGACAAGAAGCUCUCUGAAUUUGAUGUUGAAAUGAGUAUGAGACAGGAUGUGUUUGAUUCUCUUGUCGCAUUUGAGAAGACAGGAAUGGAAGGGUUAUCAGCAGAAGUUAAACGUUAUAUUGAAAGACAAAUCAAACUGGGCAAGAGGAAUGGGUUACAUUUACAGAAAGAAACACAGGACAGAAUUAAGGCAAUCAAAAAGAGAAUGAGUGACCUUUCUAUAGACUUCAGUAAAAAUCUUGGUGAAGAGAAUACAAUACUGGAAUUCACAGAGGAAGAACUUGCUGGACUCCCAGAAGACUUUGUUAAAUCUCUUGAAAAGACAGAUGCUGGGAAGUGUAAGGUAUCACUAAAAUACCCACACUAUUUUCCAUGUAUGAAGAAAGCUCGAAAUCCUGAUACUAGGAGAAGACUGGAAACUGCAUUUAAUUCAAGGUGUGUGAAAGAAAAUACAGCGAUCCUGGAAGAGUUAAUCAGGCUGAGGCAUGAGAAAGCACAAUUGUUGGGUUUUAAAACUCAUGCAGCAUUUGUUUUGGACAUGAGGAUGGCAAAGACUCCAGAAAAAGUUGCAACUUUCUUGAAAGAUUUGGGGGAGAAGUUAAAACCAUUAAAACAACAAGAUAUGGAACUUUUCUUGAAGUAUAAGAAGGAAGAUUGUGAUCAGUAUGGUUACAACUUUGACAACAAGAUCAACAUGUGGGAUUACCGUUACUAUAUGACUGUUGUUGAAGAGAAGAAGUACGCUGUAGAUCAGAACACGCUGAAAGAAUAUUUCCCUAUGGAAGUUGUAACGAAGGGAUUACUUGAUAUAUACCAGGACUUGCUAGGUUUACAGUUCAUACAGAUACCUGGAGCUGAUGUCUGGCAUGAAGAUGUCACCAUGUACAGCGUUACAGACAAGGAAUCGAAGAAUCUGCUCGGUUACUUUUACCUAGAUCUAUUCCCCAGGGAAGGAAAGUAUGGCCAUGCUGCAUGCUUUGGCUUACAGCCUGGUUGUCUGUAUGGCGAUGGUACUAGAAUGGUCAGUGUGGCAGCCAUGGUAGCUAAUUUCACAAAACCAACUAAAGACAAACCUUCAUUGCUCUCUCAUGAUGAGGUGGAGACUUAUUUUCACGAGUUUGGUCAUGUGAUGCAUCAGAUAUGUGCCCAGUCGGAGCUUGCCUUCUUCAGUGGUACACAUGUGGAGAGAGAUUUCGUAGAGGCACCAUCCCAGAUGUUAGAGAACUGGUGCUGGGAACGUGAACCGCUCAACCGAAUGUCCAAACAUUACAAAGAUGGUAGUGCAAUACCUGACGAUUUGUUGGAGAAGCUGUUACUUAGCAGGAAAGCCAAUGCUGGGGUGUUCAAUACCAGACAGAUUCUCCUUGGAACAUUUGAUCAGACCAUACAUAAAAGUGCUGAGGCAGAUACUGCAGCAGUGCUGUCAAAGUUGACGGAAGAACUAAUGGGGUUUGCAUCCACUCCAGGGACCAAUAUGGCAGCUUCCUUUGGUCAUCUGGCUGGGGGAUAUGAUGCACAGUACUAUGGAUAUAUGUGGAGCGAGGUUUUCUGUAUGGAUAUGUUUGCGUCAAGAUUUAAGAAAGAAGAUGUAAUGAGUCCAAAAGUUGGUGCCGACUACCGAAGGUGCAUCCUUCAACCUGGUGGCUCACUGGAUGCAGAUGUGAUGCUGCAUAACUUCCUUGGCCGUGAUCCCAUUCAGGAACCAUUCUUGAUAAGCAAAGGCUUGCAGCCAGACAGCAACUUGUGACCUUGAUUAUACAAAAUGUCAAACGGGUUCAUGUUGAAAAAAGCAUUAAAUCCAAAAGAAUA